GGACCUCUUGUCUUCAGCCUCAGGGUUCUUCCUUCCACAGCCCCUCCUGACAGUUCCUCUGUCCCCACCCAGCCUCCCCAUGGACCUCCCCAGAGUUAACAGUCGCCUGGCCUCUUACUUGGCGGGCAGCUCCAGCCCAAAGAGGCGGCACCCACAUUCCCUGGCUGCUCUCCAGACCGCAGGAGCUGAGGCAACAAAGUCCAGUGAGUGUGAGGGCUGAGCAGAGACCGCCGAAGGGGAGGCAGCAGCAGGGAGCUGCCGAGAGGAAGGACUGUCCAGCUUCCAGAUGCUAGGCCUCCUGGGAAGCACGACCCUCGCGGGCUUGAUCACAGGCAUUGCCAUGGCUCUUCUGCUCUUGGUGCUGCUGCUGGCCACCUGCCUGUACCACGGACAGCGGGACCAUGAUGUGGAGAGGAACCGCCCGGCCGCGAGGAGAAACCGAGUCCGGUGGGCCCAGCCUUGGCUCCUCCCGGGCAGGGGCCACCCGGGGCACACUCACUGUUUCCGUCAUCCUGGCCACAUGUCUCACACGCACCACGUGGGCCUCCACCACUAUCGCCUCCACCGACACCUCUACCACCAAGCCCACCACCAAGCCCACCUCCAUGCCCACCGAGGCCACCACUGACGCCUGUGAAUGGCAGCCACUGCCUGCCCUCCCGUGGACCCCCAUGCUCCUGUGCAGAAGGGCGCCUCUCUGUGGUAAACACUGAGUACUGUGCCCUGGGUCCUGCUUGGCUUCUUUUGCAUACUACACCCCCCCGCCCCCCCAGGGUACUAUAAGGAGAGAAGCGAGGAGCACAGGGGUGGCCCUGCGCACACUGGAAGAUAACAAGUUGAGAGCAGAGAUGGUCCUUUGGGGAUGGACCCUGCCUGUGACUGUAACUCCCAGGGGACACCAGUGCAUGUGGAUGCACAGAGGAUGUACCGUGCUCUCUGAAGUGCUGUCCUCUGAUUUACUCAGGCCCUGGCCAGGGGCGUAGCUGGGAGGGGACAGCAAUGCUUGUGUUUGGAGAAGACAGUAUGAGGCUGCAAGGUCAAUUCACUGGUGCCUUAAUACAAGAAAAUAAAAACUACGAGGAAGCUUUUGUGAAGAGGCUCUUGAUCGUACAGCUCGAGUGGGAGAGAAGGAUCGAGCCGCCAGGCAUGUGUCUGCAAUGCCCUGGGAACAUCCUUCUCUGAUGAGAAGUGAGUGCCUGACACGGGCAGCUUCUGCCUGCUGCUUGAGGGCUGGCCGUGCCCUGGGGGAAACUGGGCAGGCCCUGUGGUGCUCCAAGGGCAGUAGGAGAGAAAAGCUUGGGGCCUAAGCUCUGAGGGAGGACGUGGGGUUUGCACGCAGCCCUGCCUAGAGAGGGCUCUCUGUGUACCAGGGGGGCUUUGGGCUUCUGUGGGACAGUCCAGGGGCUCAGAGAAGAGGGGUGAGGCCACCCAGGCUGGUCACCAAGGGCUCUUUCUCCAGUGCUCUUUCCAGUGCAUCUCCAGGGCAGACUGAACCCUGGGACCUGCAGAAGCCCCAGUCUGUGAGCUGUGUUGAAUUCAGUGUGUCCUUGAUAACUCGAUCAGGGUUUCUUAUCCAAGCCUUGAGGCUCCAGCUCCCGGACCCACUGGUGCCUGUGUAUAGCAGAGGGGCUGGGAGGUUCUUUAAACCGGAGGAGGUGGUGCUCGGUGGCCUUGGGAGACUGCUUGUCUCCCCAGGAUCUCAGUUUCCUCUUCCCUAAAAUGGAUCGAUAGCAGAGACCUCUUCUUGCCAAAGUCUGGAGGCAUGUUCCACAUACCCCAUGAAUAGCUGGCACAAUUCCACAGGGAGGAAGGAAAUCUUGUCCUGAGGCCUUCAGCCUGGGCUUGGGUGGGAAGCAGAGAGAGGAGAGCCUUAGGGGCCAGGAGAGGUGGUGGGGAGGGGCUCGAGAACGGGCCAGAAAGUCAGGGGCCUGGUGACUCAUUGGAACAGAACAUCCUGUUUCUUUUCUAGUUCCUGGUGGAUUCUCUGUGAGGGUUGGAGGUGUAAGGGGGAGAGGGAGGCAAAUCCACACUGACAGCCGUGCUAGGUUUCUGGGCUGGGAAAGUAGGUCACGGGUCACCACGUACUGCUGAUUUUAUCUCUGCAGUGUCCUUCAAAUCUGCCUCCCCUCCAGCAUUCCCGAGUCUGUCCUAGCUUGUCCUCCCCCGACCCUGCCAAUCUGGACUCCUGCCCACGUCCAGCCCUGUCCCUUUUUGAAGCAUCUCUGCACCGUGGCCUGUAGGAUCUGCCGAAACUCCUUUAUAGCCCUAGGGGUGAAGUCCCUGCCUCCUGGUUGGUUAUUAAAGGCCCCUGAUCUGGUCCCUGUCCCUUGCUCCUUUUGUCCUAUCCACACUGCUCUGGUCAUUGGCCCCAGAAAACACCUCGUACUUUCCCCUCUCUGUGUCUUUGCCCAAGAAGAAUUUGUUGCUCCCUCCUAUGGGUUUCCAAUUUGUUAUUCAUAUUUAUUUUUAUAU